AUGGGCACCCGACACUCACUGUCCAGUCCCAUUUCGUACUGGGAUCCUACCAAAGCUAAGGCUAAAGCAGUAAACCCAUAUUGUCAUUGUUAUUGUUUUCUAAAUGUUGCAACCAACAGCCUCCUACCUAAGGCCGCUAAAACACUAAAGCACCAGACACAGGACCAGCUGGAUGACCACUUAACAAGCCUUAAGGGACAAGACCCAAGUCAGUGCUACGGUCCCAAUGAACUAGUCAAGGUCACUGGCUCCUUAAGUCACACACUCAUGCAACAGGCAUGCCAGCAAGAGCUUACACGCACACAACGACGCAUCAAGCAGCUGGAACUGGAAGCUCAGGAGCGACGAAAAGGGAGUGAUGAGGUAGAGCAAGGCAAAGAGAAAAUCACCAGGCUCCAAGAAACCCUGGCAACUACUGCGCAUGAAAGGAAACAAGGUAAGGCAGUCUAUGCUGAUCUCUCCGACAGCCUGCAGUAUGAAGACCAUCUACUAGAAAAGGCCAAGGCUGACUCCAGGGAUAAAAACGACAGUAUUAGAGCCCUUAAAACUCACCUGGACAAGGCAAGGAAUGAGUUCAGCCGCUUCAUGCGACAGCUGGACCAUAUUAAAGAAGAGUCCGUCAGCGUCAAAGAGGAACUCCAGGCUGCCUGCUGA